UAAAUCUCCUCCCUUGGGCAGCACUUUUCCUUCUCUCUCGCGCUCCUCUUCUUCUUGUUCUUGAGCGAUCCAUUCAUUCCAUCAAUCGAUCGAUGGAGCUGGAGGCGCGGGUGGGGAAGCACGAGAUCCGGCUCCCCGCGGAGGUGAAUUGGGAGAUGCUGGACAAGACCAAGUUCUUUGUUCUUGGCGCCGCCCUCUUCUCGGGCGUCAAUGGCAUGCUCUAUCCAUCCAUGGUUCUCAAGACGCAGCAACAGGUGAUCGGCCCGGCGGCGGCCUCCUCGUCGUCCUCCUCGAUCGCGGCAGGGAUUCUGAGAAGGCAGGGAAUUCUCGGGCUCUACAAGGGUUUCGGCGCAUCGCUCAUGGGCACCAUCCCAGCUCGCGCGAUCUACAUGAGCACGCUCGAGAUCACCAAGAGCGCGCUGGGGUCUCUGGCGGAUCGAUCGCCGGCGGCGGCGGCGGCCGCCAACGCUGUGGCGGGCAUGAGCGCGGCUAUGGCGGCCCAGCUGGUGUGGACGCCAGUGGAUGUGAUCAGCCAGCGCCUCAUGGUCCAGGGCGCCGGCCAGGGGGCGGCGAUCGCGACGAACUACAAGGGCGCCAUGGACGCGCUCGCCACCAUCGCCAGGAACAGUGGCAUCCGGGGGCUCUACCGGGGAUUUGGGGUGUCGAUCAUCACGUACGCGCCAUCCAAUGCCGUGUGGUGGGGAUCCUACUCGAUCGCGCAGCGAUUCAUGUGGAAGGGCGCGGCGGCGGUCACGGACCUGGGCGAUCGCCGCGAGGAUGUGAGCGGUGGUGUGGUACUGGGCAUGCAAGCCGCCAGCGCGGCGAUGGCGGGCGGGGUCUCGGCGCUGGUGACGACGCCGCUGGAUACGAUCAAGACGAGAAUGCAAGUGCUCGAGAGUGGGAGGCCUCCGCGAUUUGGUACCACUCUGCGAGAUCUAGUGUCCGAGGGAGGAUGGAGGGCGUGCUACAAGGGAUUGGGGCCGAGAUGGGCGAGCAUGACGCUCUCGGCCACCGCCAUGAUCACCAGCUACGAGCUUCUCAAGAGAUUGUCCGCCAAAUCGCAGUGAAGAUCCGGGGCGAUCAUGAGCGAGGAUAGCAGUGGAGUGGAGGAUUCUCGGCGAUUUUGGGCGAUGUAAAGCCGUGCGCCAAGAACACGAGAAAGAGUAAGCUCGCGAGAGAUAGAAUAGAAGGAGAGAGCUUCCUCUUGUCUAUACUUUAGACACGUAAAUAUUUACCACCACUGUUUAUAAAUCCAUCGAUCAAACAAAUCCAGUCCAAGGUUUUAAGCUUUGGUCAUAAGAGUUUCAAGCU